AUGACGCAUGCUUUUGAUCAAAUAGGUAAAAAUUUUGGUGAACAUGGAGAAAUACGUGACUGGUGGAGCAAGCAAACCUCUGCGAUGUUCGACAGUCGACUAAGCUGUUUCACUAAACUAUUCAGCAACAAAGGAAUAAAGUUAAACGUUACGAACAAUGACGAAAUGAUUGUCAAUGAGGCCGUUGCUGAUCACGGAGGUUUAAAGUUAGCCUUUCAGGCGUACAAAGAAAGUAACGGAAAUGACAGUGAAGAAAGUUCAGUCUUACCAGGCCUAGAAAAAUAUGAUCCGGAUCAAACUUUUUUUUUAGCUGCCGGAUACACACUGUGCGGUCAUGACGCAUCGGAAGCCUUAGCAGUACGACGAUUCAGUGACCCUCACCCAAUAUCAAGUCUUCGUCUCAACGUACUGAUGUCAAAUAAUCCUAACUUUAACAAAGCGUUUAAAUGUUAUCAGAAACAUGUACUAAACAAUGAGCUAAAGUGUGCUGUUUGGUGA